AUGUCAAAAGUUUUGAAAUCACCAUUGAGUAAAAGUCUCAAAAUUGCUUUGAUUCAAUUGAAAGCCGGUAAUGAUAAACAAGCCAAUUUGUUAAAAGUUACUAAAUUCAUUGAAGAUGCAGUCAAACAAAAUCCGACUAUUGUUAUGUUACCUGAAUGUUUCAAUUCACCUUACGCUGUUGAUCAAUUUCGUGAAUAUGCUGAGUUAAUCCCACAAGGUGAAACAACUACAUUAUUAUCAAAAUUAGCUAAAGAGCAUAAGGUAUAUAUUGUUGGUGGUUCCAUACCUGAAAAAAUCGAAGGUGGUCAAAAUAUUUACAAUACAAGUUUAACAUUUAAUCCAGAUGGAGAAAUUAUUGCCCAACAUCGUAAGGCUCAUUUAUUCGAUAUUGAUAUUCCAAACGGAAUCACAUUUCAAGAAAGUUUAACUUUGACUGCUGGUGAUAAAGCUACUGUUUUUAAACUUGGUGAAUAUGGUAAUGUUGGAUUAGGUAUUUGUUACGAUAUAAGAUUUCCUGAAUUGGCUUCAAUUGCAAGCUAUGCUCCAAAUAAUUCAUUUGCUAUGUUUUAUCCAGGUGCUUUUAAUACUACUACUGGUCCAUUACAUUGGCAUGCUUUAGCUAGAGCAAGGGCAAUAGAUAAUCAAAUAUUUGUAAUUUUAUGUUCACCUGCAAGAGAUGUAGAAAAUCCAAAGAAUUAUCAAGCUUAUGGACAUUCUUUAGUUGUUGAUCCAUUUGGUAAAAUUAUUGCAGAAGCUGGUGAAAAUGAUGAAGAAAUAAUCUAUGCUGAAUUAGAUCCAAAUUUAAAUCCAAAUGCAAGACAAGGAAUACCUGUUCAUUAUCAAAGAAGAUUUGAUAUUUAUAAUGAUGUAAGUAAAGAUGCUAAAGUAAAUUCAAAAUAG